GAGUUAUUGUUACUGCCUUCUGUUUCAUUCCCCAUCUUCUCUCUUAACUUCUCCGUUCCCCUUCUCAGUGAAAGACGGAGGAAUACAAGUAAGCAUUUGGUGGCUAUUGUCGUUGACGACGCCUCCAUUACUUACCUUCAAAAACCCUAAUCCUUUUCUUCCAAUCUAUAUUCUCUUUUACAUUAGCUCUUCUGUUCUGUUCUGAUCACUUUACCUUUGAUUUAUGAAAAUAUUUCAAACUAUUGAUAUGAUGUUUGUGAUUCUGUAUUGAAUCAAACCCUACGUCCGGAAAAGAAAUAAUUUUCUUUGCCCUAAUUUACCAAUCCAAUGAUGGCCGAUUCAUCUACUGGUAGUGGGAGUACCAUUACUCACUCCGGCGACGGCGGUGGGAGUGGUGUUAAUAGCCCUUCCAGCCGAAGAAGUUUGCCUUCUCCGUGGGCGCAAGUUGUUCGAGGAAUGAUCGAGCCGGAUUCGGUGCCUUCGUCGUUUCCUUCGCCGGGGGUUUCGGAACAGAAUCCUGUUGUUACUGAUCCGGUGACGGUGGUGGAGGUUUCGGCGGAGACUCCAUCGGAAAGCUCUAAUGAUAUUAAUACUUGCAAUGCUGGUGGUGUAAAGAAGUCGGCAUGGAACAAGCCCUCGGUUAAUGGCGUUGUGGAAGGAACUACUACUCCUGUUAUGGGCGCCGCUUCUUGGCCGGCUUUAUCCGAGUCGACUCGUCCCGGAAUGAGAUCAUUCUCUGCUUCUUCUUCUUCAGAGUCUUCGUCUACACCGACCUCCGAUGGAUCGCUCGCUGUUUCUCAGGCACCUGUAGCUUCGCAACCGCGCCCAAAUCAAGUUAAACCUAACGCCAACAAUGUGCAUCCCGUCCGACAGCGACAAAUUAGACGUGGCGGCGGUGCAUCUACAGGCUACAACGGACGGCAGCCACUUCCACCGCCGUUCCCUCUUUAUGACGUGUUUGGUAAUUUAGUACCGGCGGUUCCUAACUCCACUCCGGCGAGAGAACAACCUCUUUUCAAGGAGAAUAACUGGUCCCCUAGGACAGUUGGUGGUGCUGGUCAGCAGAACCGGAGGAAUAAUAACUUUGGUCCUAGACCCCGUGGUGGUGGAGGACCUUACGUUAACAAUGGCUAUGGUGGCAGACGUGAUCACCAUGAUCGUGAUUGGCGUGGUCCUCGAAAUCAUGGACCUAGAGAUGUUCGUAUGCAACAUCAAAUCGCUCCUCCGCCGCCUCUCCCCAGGGGAUAUAUCCCACCACCACAUCCCGCUCUUUCUCCGUUUAUUCCACCUCCAUAUGGAGCUCCCAUGGCUUAUGAUAUGGCUGCAUCAUAUGUAUAUCUCCCUACACUACCUUCUGAACCAUACAGGGGCCCACCUGUUCUUCCUCCUCAGGCACCUCCUCCAGUUCCCAUGUUUGUGCCAGUUAUAAACCCUCCUUUGAAUGUUAAGAUAGUUAAGCAGAUUGAAUAUUAUUUCAGUGAUGAUAAUUUGGUGAAAGAUGACUUUUUGAGGUCAAACAUGGAUGAUGAGGGAUGGGUUCCUAUCACAUUAAUAGCUGGUUUUCCUCGAGUUCAAAGCUUAACAAAUGACAUCCACAUGAUUUUGAAUUCCUUGAGAGAUUCAAGUAUUGUUGAAAUUCAGGGCGAGAAGAUAAGGAGUAGGGAUUGGAGAAGAUGGAUGAAUGUUCCAAACAGGUUUCAAUCAACAAUGGAGAAUUUGAUUGAAGAAGGUAUUUCAAUACAGAAUCUGACAAUGGAAGAUGACAGGAGUAUUAGUGCUUCAAGUUCUUGAAGUCAAACGGUUGACUAUGCAGUCAAAGGUCAACAUCAUCUUUGAGAGUGUAGGAAGAUUUUGCAGUGUUGGGAGUAAAUAGGUAAUGAGGUUACUUGGAUGUUUGAUUAAUGUUACUUUGUAUAGUUAUGCCAUAUAUACAUAUAUAUGCUACUCUGUAACAUAUAUAUAUGUAUGGCUAGUUUUCUGUUGAAGGUGUGAAUGAUGGGUGAAAGUUGAAACCUGAAAGUGGUUUUGGGAGUUUGUUCUGCUGACUGAGGAUUGAGGAUUGAGGAAGAUGAUUAAGAUUAACUAUUAUUUUGGAGGGUAUAAAUCUUUAUGGAAUGGAUUUUUACUUUUUUA